UUAAAAAAAAAGUCAUUUGACAGUCACCAGCCCUUCACCCACAGGGACUUUGUCUGGGAGGGAGGGAGCGGAGUGGUGGCCCCAGACACCCUCGUCAUCUGUCAAUGCCACCCCUGGCCGGGUCCGAGGGACAGCAGCGGCCAUGGCUCCCCCUGUCCCAGCUGCCCCUUCCCCGCGGUGCUAGCCUGCAUGGUGUGGGGACCCUGGAGGACUGACGGACCUUGCUUCACGUCCCUGAGAACGCCGCCCCCAAGAUGUCGCUGGACUGGCUAGCAGCCUGGAGCUGGUCGCUGGACGGCCUGAGGGACUGCAUUGCCACGGGCAUCCAGUCCGUGCGGGACUGCGACGCCAGCGCCCUGGGCACCGUGGCCUGCUUGCUGGUCCUGUUUGUGUGGUACUGUUACCAUGUGGGCCGCGAGCAGCCCCGGCCCUACAUCUCCGUCAAUGCUCUGAUGCAGGGCAGCUCCGAUGCCAGCGGGCUGCAGAACGGCUUCGUGUACUGCCAGUCGCCCGCGUGCGUGCGCUGCACCCACCAUGAGGGCCUCAACCAGAAGCUGUACCACAACCUGCAGGAGUAUGCCAAGCGCUACUCCUGGUCCGGCAUGGGCCGAAUCCACAAGGGCAUCCGCGAGCAGGGCCGCUACCUCAACACCCGGCCGUCCAUCCAGAAGCCUGAGGUCUUCUUCCUGCCCGACCUGCCCACCACGCCCUACUUCUCCCGGGACGCCCAGAGGCACGACGUGGAGCUGCUGGAGCGGAGCUUCCAGACGAUUCUGUGCGAGUUUGAGCGCCUUUACAAGGCCUUCUCCAACUGCAGCCUGCCGCAGGGCUGGAAAGUCAACAGCAGCCCCAGCGGCGGGUGGUUCACCUUUUACCUGAUCAACCAGGGGGUCUGUGUCCCCAGGAACUGCAGGAAGUGCCCACGGACGUACCGCUUGCUGGGGAGCCUCCGGACCUGUAUCGGGAACAAUGUUUUUGGGAACGCUUGCAUCUCUGUGCUGAGCCCUGGGACUGUGAUCACGGAGCACUACGGGCCCACCAACAUCCGCAUACGAUGCCACCUAGGUCUGAAAACGCCCAGCGGCUGUGAGCUGGUGGUGGGCGGGGAGCCCCAGUGCUGGGCGGAAGGCCGCUGCCUGCUCUUCGAUGAUUCUUUCCUGCACACGGCAUUCCAUGAAGGCUCGGCGGAGGACGGCCCCCGGGUGGUCUUCAUGGUGGAUCUGUGGCACCCCAACGUAGCAGCGGCCGAGCGACAGGCCCUUGACUUCAUCUUCGCCCCGGGACGAUGAGGAGGCGUCCCAUGCUGGUGUUGAAGAGAGGCCCCAGGCCCAGCCCGGGUGCCCCCAGGCUCCGAGGCAGGCCUCCACAGGCAGCUGUCCCUGGGCCUCAUGCACCACGGACCUCCCUGCUCCUUGGUUCCUGUAAAUGGACGUGUGUCCCCUUGUAUUUCCUUAGAUUGUUUGUUUUCUUUUCUCCCUUCCCCCUCACCAUCGUUUGCUUCCGGGGGUCCUUCCUGGCUACCUUGUGCCCCUCACGGCCUGUGACCCGUUGCUACCCUGCUUGACCGGGGUCCCCAAGGAGAGUUGGCAAAUGGGAACUGAUCCGAAUAUAGCCAUGUCAAAGCCCAUGUGGCCCCCCUGAACACACAGUCGGACACAAGCCGGAAACGACGGCAGACCAGCGGGCCGCAGCGGCCCUCAGGGACCCUCUGGCCGCCCAGGCAGGGCCAGGUCUGUAGUCAGAGGCACACACAACACACAGCUCCAGGGCAUGGCAAGACGGACGCCAUCCUCCACUUGCCCUGGACCCCGGGGGCUCUCGAUGGCUAAGGACACCUUGGCUGGUGGACUUGAUUUUUGGUCAACAAUGCUUCUGACAAAGACAGGGGACACCCAUGGGUCAGAAUGGGUGAUUCGCUUACUUCACUGCCUACAGAAGCCCUCCUGCCACUCUGGGCUCGGAGACAUCCACGGGUCACUGUUCUGAGUCCGCAGUGAGGACCAUUGGAAGUCACCAGCCUGGCUGACACGCCGGGUGGGAUAGGGUGGCACUCAUCCAGCGAGGCUCUGGCCAGAUCGGAACCCUGAGCUCCGACCAUAGGGUCUGUUUGCCGCUGGGGUUUUACUGCCUCUGAUUCUUAGCCCCCAUUUAUGUGUCCGUAGACAGACAUCUGUAUGGGACCCAGGGGUGGGGACAGGAUGACUUCAGUCCGCAUGUGUGAGGGAGGAUGCUGGCAAGAACCGCCAACCCGAAAGGCCGUGGCUGCUGGCCAUGGCUGCUCUGGGGGACCCACAGCUCUCACCCCGAAAGAAAAAGACCCAAAGAUAUCAAUUUGCCAGAAUCCUGGCGGCCCUCUGGGCCAGCAUGUACCGGAGGCGCCUUUUGUGGGUUAUGUAUUCCGGUCCAUGUUGGACUCACAGAGCCCAGAGCCAAGUGUGACACAUGCCAGGGGCUUCCGGAAGUCCAUGGGAAAAUUCCAUGAUCUUUACAUUCCUUUGUCCUAAGAGCUUCUGGAAGCUCCCCGAAGGAUCGGUCCAGUGGUGGUGUUCAACUAGAGGUCAGCGGCUUCUCUGGGGAGCAGUGGUGAGAAGUAGACCUGGCUGGAAAUGGGCCCGGUAGUUGCUAAGGAAGUGUGCAAAAAGAGCGAAAUGGAAAGAAAGGAGAGGAAAAGGUCUAAAUCUGAGUACAAUCUCUCCCCAUCUAUUUCCCAGGAUGUGAAUGCAGGGAAAGACAGUAUCGUCUGACCCCCUGCCGUCGUUCUACUCACAUCCCGGCAAAGAGCCACUGAGGUGCAUGUUCUCACGCAUAGUGACUGUUCCGAGUUUACAAGCCACAGACCCACCUGGCUAACUGCACUGGUGUGACCUGGAAGGGGAACAGAAUAAAAGACCUUGCCGAAA